AUGGGUUACCCAAAAAAACUUGUUUAUUUGCUUACAUUUUGGUAUAGUAAUCAACAAAUGUCUGUUCGAUGGCAGAAAACAAAAUCAAAUAGUUUUGGAGUUGGAAAUGGGGUUCGUCAAGGUAGUAUAUUGUCACCACUUCUAUUUAACUUUUACAUACACAAUCUGAUUUUAUCAAUCUCAAACUCCUGUAUUAGAUAUAAUAUAGGUGGCAUCUUCAUGAAUGUGUUGGCUUACACUGAUGAUAUGGUUUUAAUUGCACUAUCUUGGUCUUCUCUUCAAAAACUAAUUAGCUUUACAAAUAAAGAAUCUUCCUUAAUUAACAUGUCCUUUAACACAAAGAAAACUGUAUGUAUGAUGUUUAACCUAACUCAAAAAUCAAAAAUUAUAUCAAACUACUUCCCAGAAUUGUGCAUAUCAGGCUGUAAAAUUGCUUUUGUUGAAACUUUUAAAUACCUUAGCCACAUAAUUAAAAAUGACCUAACUGAUGAUCUUGAUAUAACCAAGGAGAUGAAGGGUCUUUACACAAGUAAAAAUAUUUUAUUUAGACGCUUCCAUUUGUGCUCUACCAGAGUAAAGGUUAAAUUGUUUAAAUCAUAUUGCAUUUGUUUAUAUGGUGCUCCUCUGUGGCAAAAUUAUAAUGAUAAAACAAUGGCACGCUUCAGUAUUGCUACAACAAAUGUGGACAUUGCAUCAUGUGUUUUUUUACUUAAAUUGUUCCAAGUUCGUGGUGCAGAUGUGCAAAAAGAUUUUAUACUAAGCGAUGUUCUUGCUGGACGACAAACAAGUUGGCAACUGUCUGACAAUCUUGUGUUGGGGAACUGGGAGGUUUAA